GGCGGGUGCGCGUGGGCAGGCGCGGGCGCGGGGCGUGCGACAGUCGCGCACCGAGCGCUAUACUACGAAUACGUCGGGUGGCGCCGCGCCGACCCGUCGCGAGCUAGUGUUGUGUCACAGCGGUGGGCCAGGUCGGUUUCGAGAUUUAUUCGUUCCGACACAACCAUGGCUCUCAACUCGGACGGUGAACAGAAAUCGAACCUGGUCCUCCGCGUGGACCAGGAUUCUGACUCGGUUCUGCAGUCAUUAUUCGACACAGUGCUCAAGCCCGACUCUAAACGACCGCUACAGGUGCCUCUGCGAAUGCGACAGCUUCCGAAGUCGUUCUUUAACCCGCCGUCGACCGGUUCCAAGUCGCCAUCUGUCUCUCACUCGCGAGAAAACUCGGCCGAUUCGGCGUUCGGCUCGUCGUCCGCGACUGGCUCGGCUCCAGUGUCCCACUCCCGAGCGCACUCCUCGCCGGCCAGCCUGCAGCAGACCUACGCCGCGGGCCAGCCCGCCCAGCAGCCGCCGCUGCCGCACCAGCACGCCAAGCAGAGGUCCUACGACGUCGGCACGCACCUGCCCGACGACCUCGGCCCUCUGCCGUCUGGGUGGGAACAGGCUCGCACACCAGAAGGACAGAUAUACUAUCUCAAUCACAUAACAAAGACGACGACAUGGGAGGAUCCUCGCAAGACACUCGCGGCCCAGGCUAUGGCGGGAGGAGUGCAGCAUCAAAGCGCUGAAGCGUUACUCACACAGACUGUUCCCUCCACGCCACAGAUACCAACUCCCACCCCAGCGAAGAGUACAAGCACUAACACGGCGACCGACCCCCUCGGCCCGCUGCCAGAGGGCUGGGAGCAAGCCACCACACCGGAAGGAGAGAUUUAUUUUAUCAACCAUGCCGCCAGAACGACGUCUUGGUUCGAUCCUAGAAUACCACAACACUUGCAGCGAACACCGACGUCAGGUGGCGCGGCCGGCGGCGGUUGGGCGAACGCUUCCAUACAGGCUUGCCAACAAAAGUUACGCCUUCAGUCACUACAGCUUGAGAGAGAGCGGCUUAAGCAACGCCAGCAGGAGAUACGGCUCCAGCAAUCAUUAAUGGCGCGGCAGUCUUCGUCCAUCGUGUCGUCGCUGGCGAGCAGCGCGGCCACGGAGUUACCGCUGGACCCCUUCCUGUCCGGACUGACGGACCACCAGCGGCAGGAGUCCGCCGACAGCGGCCUGGGCAUGGCCGUCACGCAGUCCUACUCCAUGCCGCACACCCCCGAGGACUUCCUCGCCGGCAUGGACGACCGGAUGGACUGCACCAGCGAAGCAGGUGCUAACCUCGACACCGCGGACAUCACGCUCGGAGACACCGACGAUUUGGUACCCUCAUUGCAAUUGGGCGAAUUCACAAAUGACAUACUAUUAGAUGACGUGCAGUCUCUAAUCAACUCGACGCCGAACAAACCAGACAAUGUGCUAACUUGGCUGUAGACAUAGAAGUCAUGAGGACUUUCUCAACGCGUUCCAGAGGAAUGCCCACAAACUUUAUGAGUUAAGGUUUAACAUAAAUAUAGAGUACUUACCGUGAUUACGUCGACUAUUGGGCUGAGAGCUCAUUUUAGGAAUGCUGAAAGUUUGUCAGGCUGUGCUCCUACCAUAGGUACAUAUGGUAGACAAUUAUAAAGAUUGGACUGUGAUGGCUUUGGGAUAUUGCAGGUUUUAAUAGUUCGGCCUUAGCCAUGUGGCACGUCGAUUAUCUUUCCACAAACGCUAACACUUCGAAAACUAACAAAAUGUAUCGGAAGGACAGAUCUGAUCGAUAACUUGAUCAUGUGACCUGAUUCCCAUACAUUUUUUUAAUUUUCGAAGCGUGCGUUUGUAGAAAGAAAAUCGAUGUGCAAUUAAAAAACACAUUGUUUUAAUAUUAUUCUCAGCAUAAAAAAACCCUUCAAUAAACACUGUUAAAGUUUUUUUGAGAUAACUUUAAAGGGCUCUAUUGAAAAGUUGCCACAUAGCUAACAGUCUGGCGAUUGGAGACAUGAUUCCUCGUGAUAUUCUGUAGUAAAUAUUAAAAGAUUAUGUUUAACACUUGGGAAAUUGAGGAACUGGAGCCUUGAAACCUGCUACCUGCCAAAACCACUACAAACCCCAUAAUUGGCUACCUUACUUAUCAAUGAUAGCAGCUUUCUGUCGUCAGCCUUCCUAAAAUGAGGUGGGUCUUGCUCUCGCAGGUUCUCGGUCUAAAUACAGUGUCAACAACCAAACGGUAAUGGUGUACAUUUCACUAAGUAAAUGACAGUAUAGUGUAAUGUGUAAAUGAAUGGACGGUCAAUUCAAGUAUGACGGCAUGAGUUCAAUUGUGAUUUGUUUUUCUGUUGCUUAAUCCAUCAGCACCUGCAUUCGUUAACUCGGUCGCUUUCAGAUUGAAAGCCACUGAAUUGUAUGCCACUUUUUUGUAUCACUCAAUAAAAACGCAGUGAAAAACGUACUAAAAUCAAACAGGAUUGGUUGAUUGUAUCCUUCGAAAGACAGAUUUAGCGAAUAAUCCUGUUUAGACAAUACUUAUUGGUGCUGAUUCAGUUGAACACUAACCUUCAAUAUUAUUUUUGCCAGGUCUAUUCUAU